AUGGCAUCCGCUUCGACCCAGCCCCCGGCAUUGAGCAAUGAACAGGCCAAGGUGGUCCUGGCCGAAGUCACCCAGGCAUUCUCGGCCCCAGAGAACGCCGUGCGCAUGGACGGAGCACGGGACAACGCGUGCAAGGACAUGGGCAAGAUGCUGCAAUUUGUUCUGCCCGUGGCCACGCAGAUCCAGCAGAAGGUCAUCAAAGCCUAUGGUUUCAGCUGUGAUGGGGAAGGUGUCCUGAAGUUUGCCCGCUUGGUCAAGUCCUACAAAGCCCAGUACUCUGAGAUUGCCAGCCUGUUGGGCAAGCUGAAGGCCCUGUUCCUGCCAUCCAUGACAUUGCCACCCCAUGGGCCUGCUCCAGGGGGCAGCGUUGCUGCCACCUGA